AUGAGGAAGAGCCAGAUGGGGAAGCACAAGAUGAGGGAGAAGGUGAUGGGACUGGGGACUUUGGUGACGACCUACGUGGAUGCCAUCAACAGUGGAGCUGUGCCUUGUUUGGAUGACGCGGUGACAACUCUGGCCCAGCGUGAGAACUCAGCAGCUGUGCAGAAGGCAGCUGACCACUCCAGUGAGCAGAUGGCCCAGCGACUGAGGCUCCCCACAGACACGCUCCAGGAGCUGCUGGGAAUCCAUAGCAAAGAAGGGGAUUUGUGCAGAAGAAUGAAGAGACCCCUGUGAAAUACUGCCGGAGAGCUGACUCAGCU